AGUGGACCCGCACGGGGCGCGCGACCUGAGCCGGGACUAUUUUUGGUAAACCGACGGUGUUCGACUGUCUCCAUCCCCCGAGUCCCACAACCCUGGUUCCCUCGUCCACCUACCUUUCAACAGGGCAGUCCCAAAUUCUGGAUCUAGGAUCUCCAACACUUCGGGCGAUGGAGGAAGAUGCGCAGGUCGAGGAGUGCCGUUAUUGCAAGCAUGAACUCAGUGUAUGCCAUGGCGAAGAAGCUCUGGCGUGUCACCUCCAGAUACCAAUCACGAAUCAAUAUUGUUUUGAAAUGUUUAUCAUUUGCGGAUUGCGCAGCGUCAUAGAAGAAUACGUACAUCGCAUUGAACCAGACGCGAUACCAGGAGAAAUGAAGAUGUGGACUCCGGACUUCGUUACACGUGAGGGGCUUCGAUAUGAGGCGAUCAUCGAGUUUGGUGGUGCGGGUUCAAAGAUCACUGGUGGCGGCUGGAAGCAACUAAUGGACGAUUACGCCGUCAGGCCAGGGCACAUCAUGUACAUGUACUUGCGUAACGGAGGCCACAAAAUCUUGGUGGAUUUCAAGGCAGAUGGCGUCCAGCUUUCACCGCUAUUUUUUGUUGCAAUGCGUGGUCUCAGCCGUACGAAGGCAAAGUUAAUCGGUAGAUGCAUAUAUGCAAGGGGGGUCAGGCUUCAACAUCACGAGAUGAAGAUACUGAUCGAGAGCUCUUUUGGACCAACAAAGUAUCCAUUUUGUGUGUUUGUUAACAGGAUGAGCAACCGUGACGUCACUGGAGGAUACAUGAGAGUUCCAAAGCGAGUUGUUGCACAUAUAGAGAAAAAGUCAGGGCUACUCGACAGAGAAGGAGAGGUACUGCUGGUAAUUGAUGCGGAUACUCAUGUUGAUGUUAGAUACAAGAAGAUCCCAGACGAGAGGCUUGUUUUACAUGCAGGAUUCAAGACUUACGUAAGUUUGCUUGGUUUGAAGGGUGAUAACGUGGUAGACAUAUGCUUCCAGAAGCUCGAUGACACUAACGCAAUGAAAGUAUGGAUUUCGGUCAUAGCGUGAUAGAUGCAUGGCAGCACUACUUAUAGUUGUUGACUGUGAAAGAACCUUUCAGCUGUCUUUUGUGUUGGCUAUCUGGAACUUGCUGGUGAUGGUUUUACCUGCUUGUUUUAAUCUACCAUGAUGGACCUAUCUGGAACUUUUAUGCUUA